GCAGGGGCUUGUCCAGCGUGGUUUUCCAAACUUGUUUGCGCACGCCCAGUGCACAGACCGCCCAGUGGCUUGAGAUUUUUGAAAGCCAUUUCGUCCGGCAGCAGCGAAUAACAGCACAGACGCCGGCUGAGACAACAAAAGCAAGAGAAGGGCACCAUGGAGCUGAAUGAUGGAAACCUUCAGACACUCACAGAAUUUAUGCGCAAAACUCUGGACCCGGAUCAAUCAGUCAGACGGCCAGCUGAAAAGUUUCUUGAGUCAGUUGAAGGGAACCAGAACUACCCAAUAUUGCUGCUUACAUUAUUGGAGAAAUCUCAAGACAACGUGAUCCGGGUGUGUGCAGCUGUCACCUUUAAAAACUACAUCAAGAGAAACUGGCGCAUAAUUGAAGAUGAACCAAACAAAAUCUCAGAUCCUGACCGAACCACUAUCAAGGCCAACAUUGUACAUUUGAUGUUGAGCAGCCCUGAACAGAUUCAGAAACAGUUGAGUGAUGCCAUCAGCAUCAUCGGCAGAGAGGACUUCCCUAUGAAGUGGCCGGACCUCUUGACAGAGAUGGUGACCCGCUUCCAGAGCGGAGACUUCCACAUCAUUAACGGAGUGCUCCGGACCGCACACUCACUUUUCAAGAGGUAUCGUCACGAGUUUAAGUCGAAUGAGCUGUGGCUGGAGAUUAAACUGGUGUUGGACACGUUUGCGAGUCCACUGACUGAACUCUUCAAGGCCACCAUUGAGCUGUGUCAGACCCAUGCGACGGACAUCAACGCUUUGAAGAUCCUCUUCUCGUCCCUUACUCUGAUUUCAAAACUCUUCUACAGUCUCAACUUCCAGGACCUUCCUGAGUUUUUUGAGGACAACAUGGAGACCUGGAUGUCUAAUUUCCAUAACUUGUUGACCUUGGAUAACAAGCUACUACAAACAGAUGAUGAAGAGGAGGCAGGUCUUCUGGAGCUGCUCAAAUCUCAGAUCUGUGACAACGCUGCUCUUUACGCCCAGAAGUACGAUGAAGAGUUCCAGCCUUACCUGCCUCGCUUUGUCACUGCUAUCUGGAACCUGCUGGUCUCCGCAGGCCAGGAGGUCAAGUACGACCUGCUUGUGAGCAAUGCUAUUCAGUUCCUGGCAUCUGUGUGUGAAAGGCCCCACUACAAGCAUCUGUUUGAGGACCAGAACACACUCACCAGUAUCUGUGAGAAGGUCAUUGUGCCCAACAUGGAGUUCAGAAGUGCUGAUGAGGAGGCCUUUGAGGAUAACUCUGAAGAAUACAUCCGAAGAGAUCUUGAAGGAUCAGACAUAGACACUCGGCGCAGGGCUGCCUGUGACUUAGUGAGAGGCCUGUGUAAGUUCUUUGAGGGCCCGGUCACAGCCAUCUUCUCUGGCUAUGUGAACUCCAUGCUGGGGGAGUAUGCCAAGAACCCAGUGGUGAACUGGAAGCACAAAGACGCUGCCAUCUACCUGGUCACAUCUCUGGCCUCUAAAGCCCAGACAGCGAAGCAUGGUAUCACCCAGGCUAACGAGUUGGUGAACCUCACAGAAUUCUUUGUGAACCACAUUCUCACAGACCUCAAUUCCCAAAACGUCAAUGAGUUUCCAGUGUUGAAGGCUGAUGCCAUCAAAUACGUCAUGAUCUUCAGGAGUCAGUUGCCCAAAGAGCAGCUGCUGCAGGCUGUCCCUCUGCUGGUGGCCCACCUACAGGCGGAGAGCACAGUGGAGCACACCUACGCUGCCCACGCCCUGGAGAGACUCUUUACCAUGAGGGGCCCCAACAACUCCACACUUAUCACUCCUACAGAGAUGGCCCCCUUCACGGAACAGCUGCUCAACAACCUGUUCAAAGCCCUGGCUCUGCCUGGCUCAUCAGAGAACGAAUAUAUCAUGAAAGCCAUCAUGCGCAGCUUUUCCCUCCUGCAGGAGACCAUUGUUCCUUACAUCCCCACACUGAUUGGCCAGCUCACUCACAAGCUCCUCCUAGUUAGCAAGAACCCCAGCAAGCCUCACUUUAACCACUACCUGUUUGAGUCCCUGUGCCUGUCUAUCCGGAUCACCUGCAAGGCCAACCCUACCACUGUGGGCAGCUUUGAGGAGGCCCUCUUCCCAGUUUUCACUGAGAUCCUACAGAAUGACGUACAGGAGUUUGUGCCCUACGUGUUCCAGGUGAUGUCUCUGCUUCUGGAGAUCCACACCAGCUCCAUCCCUAACUCCUACAUGGCCCUGUUCCCCCACCUGCUGCAGCCCGUGCUUUGGGAACGCACUGGCAACAUCCCCCCUCUGGUGCGCCUGCUUCAGGCCUACCUGGAGAAGGGGGCUGCCACCAUAGCCAGCUCUGCUGCUGACAAAAUACCUGGUCUGCUAGGAGUCUUCCAGAAGCUCAUAGCCUCCAAGGCCAAUGACCACCAAGGUUUCUACCUGAUGAACAGCAUCAUAGAGCACAUGCCCACGGAGUCAAUUGUUCAGUACAGGAAACAGAUCUUCAUUCUCCUCUUCCAGAGACUGCAGAGCUCCAAAACAACCAAGUUCAUCAAGAGUUUCAUGGUUUUUAUCAAUCUGUAUGGUGUCAAGUAUGGAGCCAUUGCUCUGCAGGAGAUCUUUGACAGCAUACAGCCAAAGAUGUUUGGCAUGGUGCUGGAGAAGAUAGUCAUUCCAGAGGUGCAGAAGGUGUCUGGCCCAGUGGAGAAGAAGAUCUGUGCCGUGGGCAUCAUCAAGAUCCUCACUGAGUGCCCGGCAAUGAUGGAUACCGAGUACACCAAACUCUGGACCCCCCUGCUCCAGGCCCUGAUUGGUCUGUUUGAGCUGCCAGAGGAUGACAGCAUCCCUGACGACGAGCACUUCAUUGACAUUGAGGACACAGCCAGUUACCAGACUGCUUUCUCCCAGCUGGCCUUUGCUGGGAAGAAGGAGCACGACCCCAUCGGCGCCGCUGUCAGCAACCCCAAGAUCCUGUUAGCGCAGUCCCUCCACAAGCUCUCCACUGCCUGUCCUGGACGGGUCCUCUCUAUGUUGAGCACCAGCCUGAAUGCUGAGGCCCUCCAGUACCUGCAGGGUUAUCUCCUGGCUGCAUCUGUGCAGCUGGUGUGAAGACACGACGGCUUCCGCUCUGAUGCGCAAUGGAGACCGUGACACUGCACAAUGACUGAGCACUGUCUGUCGCCCAUGGGCAACACCAGGACUGGGACAGACUCGCCAGGACUUAGUGGACAGAAGACUGACUGACUUUACUCAUGGUGGAUACUUGGACAAUGGGUCAACAUUUUCAUCUAUGAAUUGGGAUUUUUAUGGUUUUAAGUGUUAAAAGAAAGUACAUUUAAUAUGUUACCUUUAAUGAGCGCACCAGAAUAUAUUUUGUAUUUUUGGGGGGGUGGGGCUCAGUCCCUAAUUGGCUUGCUGUGCGGUUGGCAAGUUGAGCAAGGCUGUUGUCACCAACACUCAGCUUUGUGAACAUAAUGCUUUGAUAUGACUGUUUCUGCUUGUUUGUCGAUUUGUCAUUUAUAACAACGGCCGGUCAUUGUGAAUUGACAGUAUUCUAGAACAAGUAUUGGCCCCAAAACAUUAUGCUUAAAGGGAUACUUAAAGAUUUUGGCAAUGAUUUGCUCUAUUUCCCCGGAGUUCGAUUGAACUAGUAGAUACCAUUUUUAGGUCUGGUUGGUAUGAAGGAAUUUCGAGGUAGUUUUGCGAACCAAUGCUAACUAACCUUAGAUACCCGUCGACUUACUCUGGGGAAGUAGAGCUAGGGCCUCAUUUACAAAAUCCUGAGGUAUCCCUUUAAUGUUUUUCUGCAUGUAGCUAGUCAUAGCAUUGUCUUUUUGAUGUGAAUAAAGAGGCACUUGUAUAAAACCGGUGCUGUUUAGCACUUUCA